AUGACCGAGAAGAUGAAGAUGCCUGACAAGUCGUCAUUGGAAGACUAUGCACUGGGAAGCAUUGCUGUGGAUGAUAAGAGACUGCUGCGAAAAGUCGACUGGCAUCUACUGCCUAUCAUGUUCUUGACAUACUUCCUGCAGAUGAUUGACAAAAUCUCGAUCAAUUAUGCGAACGUGAUGGGUCUUCAGGAUGACUUGAAUAUGACCGGAAACGACUUUUCUUGGCUGGCAACUUCAUUUUUCAUUGCAUAUGCUGUGGCAGAGAUCCCACAGGGCGCUCUUCUCCAGCGGUUCUCCGUGACCAAGGUACUGGGUGUGAAUAUCUUUUGCUGGGGAAUCAUCCUAUGCUGUUCUUCAGCAGCGAAGAAUUUCUCUCACAUGCUCGCUCUGAGGAUUCUGCUGGGUUUGAUGGAAGCAGUGAUAGCGCCCGCUCUCACAAUUUACACGAGUAUGUGGUAUACCCGCGCGGAGUCGACGCCACGCUAUGGACUCUGGUACUGUGGACUAGGAGUGGGACAGAUCGUCGGAGGGCUGAUAUCCUUCGGAGCCCAGCAUGCGCCAGCCAGUAUGUCUUUUGGAGGCUGGCGAAUCAUGUUUGUGGUCAUUGGAGCAGUGAAUGUCUUGGCCUCUAUACUUGUGAUAUUCCUGCUUCCCGAUAACCUCGAAAAAGCAGGAUUUCUCACCGAAGCAGAAAAAGCACGGAUUGCACAGCGGCUCAGCGACGAUCAGUCUGGUGUCGGAACCAAAGUAUUCAGAUGGCGCUCCGUCCUCGAAGCGUUCGGUGAUCUCCAGACAUGGCUACUUGUUCUGUUGACCAUUCUCAUCACGAUCCCAAGCGGUGUAAUUACAACCUUCUCGGCGAUUCUCAUCAAAGGAUUUGGAUACAGCUCAAAGGAAAGUGCUUUGCUCAACAUGCCUUCGGGAAUCGUGAGUAUCGUGGCAACAAUGGUGUCAACCUUUGCCAUUUCAAAGGGGUUUUCUCGCUGGCUAGCGAUUGACCUACUAUUACUUCCAACACUACUGGGGUCUUGUUUGAUGUCUUUUCUUCCCUCUGAUAAUAAGGCGGGCUGUCUGGUUGGAAUAUACUUGGUGAACACGACCGUUGCUCCGCUUGCGUUAAUAUAUGCAUGGACCGGUGCAAACUUCAAGGGCUACACCAUGAAGAUCACCAUUGUAGCUGUGAACGCGGCCGCGGUCAUAAUUUCGACUGCGUUGAGGAUUGUCUACGGAAGGCGCAACUCCGCAGCGGAAAGACUGGGAACACCAGCACGGAGCCUCCUCGAGGCGCGUCUGGCUCAGAAAUCGCAGGUUCAGGAUGUUCACGAUGACGCGAAUUUCCGCUAUGUCUACUAA